AUGUCUGUGUUCGAGAAGUCCGAUAAGCUGGACGUUAGCCCUCCCAGCUCCUGCGAGUCCACACCAGUCAAAGACUCUCCUAUCUCGCGGGAACUACCUUACCCUUUACCCUCACAACCCCCCCAGUCUCAGUCCACAGCAGACCCUGAGAAGAAGGCCGGUGCAGCACCAGCAUACACUGCAUUCUCGCCAUGGCGCAAACGCUUCAUUUUGACUGUUGUUACUAUCGCUGGUUGCUUCGGACCGCUGGCGGGUAACAUCUAUCUCCCCGCGCUGCCUGUCUUGGAGAAAGAGUUUCAUGCCAGCGCCACCGCGAUUAACGUCUCUGUGUCGGUUUUUAUGUUGACGUUUGCUAUCGGACCUCUUUUCUGGUCAAGUUUUGCCGACUGGAAGGGUCGUCGCCCUUUGUACAUCAUCUCCAUCGGCAUCUACAUUGGGGCCAACAUACUCCUGGCUACAGUGCCAGCAAACUAUGGCGCACUUGUGUUUCUGCGUAUCGUGCAGGCUUUUGGAUCCGCGGCCGUGGUGUCCAUGGGUGCAGGAACUGUCGCUGACGUCACCGAGCCAAAGAAGCGUGCAACUGCCAUGUCUAUUUUCCUGAUCGGCCCCCAGCUGGGACCUGUCUUGGGACCUGUCUUGGGAGGUGCGCUGGCCGAAGCAUCCUGGCGCUGGAUCUUUGGUUUUCUCACCAUUUCCGGCACUCUUCUCUGGAUCGUCAUCAUCUUUUCUCUUCCUGAGACCCUCCGUGCUAGGGUAGGAAAUGGCAAGCUCUACACAGAAUCCAGUGUCGUCUUCUUUCCCCCGCGCUGGUCCUCUCCUCUGGCCCCUGAGUCGGAAAGGGGCCCCGCACCCCCCAAGCCGACCUUGAUCGGUUACUGGCGCCUGUUUACUUACGCCCCCAUUGGCAUUGUUACUUUUAACACCGCCAUGCUCUACUCGACCUACUUUGCCAUCGCCGUCCAGCUCCCUACCGAGCUUUCCAACCGGUACAACUGGUCUACCGCCGGCGUCGGCGCCGGUUUCCUGGCCGUGGGCAUUGCAAUGAUCGUCGGCUCUCUCAUCGGUGGCCGUGUAUCAGACUGGAAGCGUGCUCGUGCUCUCAAGGCGUCCGAAGAUAACACCGUCGACCCUGAGAACAGACUCUCGGAUCAAAUUUACGGCGUGGUCAUCUGUGCUGCGGGUUGCCUCAUGUACGGCUGGCUUGUCGACAAAUCGGUACACCCUGCCGCAGUGAUCUUUGCCACUUUCGUGACUGGAUUCGGCAUGAACUGGGUGUUUGUGGCCACGACGGCGUUUUUGACCGAGUGUGUCGCUCAGCAGGCUGCUGCUGCCUUUGCUCUCGGAAACAUGCUCCGUAACCCCGGUGCGGCUAUUGCUGCUCUUGUGAUCCCAUCUCUGGUUACAAAGAUGGGUAGUGGCUGGUGCUUUACUGGUCUGGCGUUGCUGGACCUCAUUCUUGUUGGUUCUGCAGUUAUUGGUAAGUCUAGAAUCGUUCAUUGUGCUGUCUCAUCAUGA